CCUCUGUUACAUCCCCUGAGAGCGCCUGAAACAUGGCACAGUAAGGUCCAGAGGAUGCAGAAGAAGACCAGCACCAUGUCUCUGACCAUCUCCUCCUCUGCAUCCUCCUCUCGAGAGCUCUCCUCCUGCUCCGCUAAAUCCUCCUCCUCCUCCACCUUCCUCUCUCAGAAACACUCCAGCCUGGUGCAGCCGCUGUGCGCCAGCCCUCAGAGGACUCAGAGCCCCGUCUACAAUCAGCCGUAUUCAGGGAAUGGAGUGGCUCCCACAUUUGUUAAGUGCCUCCAUGACGUGUCGACAGUGAAAGGGCAGCUGGUGGUCCUGGAGUGCAGACUGAGGGGGACCCCUCCGUUGCAGGUCAUAUGGUACAGAGAGGAUGAGCAAAUCUUGGACUCCGACGACUUCAGGAUACUGCGAAAGAAGGCCAGUUCCGCAUCAGUGCCAGAGGAGCUGUGCACUCUAGUGAUCACAGAGGCCUUUCCUGAAGACUCUGGCCUGUUCAAAUGUGUGGUCCUCAACUCUUAUGGCACCGUUUCCUGCUCUGCCAUAUUGGAGGUUUACAAUGACCUGGAGGAGCAGCUGGAGGUCGAGGCCGUUCGCCAGCAGGAAGUAGUUUCUCACAGCCAAGAGUUCCAGCAGGGGACUCUGUCCUCACUGAAAAGCAGCGAGGACUUUCCCCCAGUCCUGCCAGAUUGUUUGAAUCUUCCUCCCCCGGAGUGGCCUGACAGUCCUUUUGAGGACAACAGCCCUUCUGCAGAUCUCCCUGAGCCUCAGCCGGCCAACCACUCGUCUGAGGAACCGUUUGGCCGCAGCGAGGGGAGUGCCCUGAGCUCAGAGGGACAAAGAUCACCAGAGGUGACCGUUCGAGUCUGUACACCCAGCCCCUCUCCUCCACCCUCACCCCCACCACAACCAGCACAAACAAAGGAGAAAGCCCCAGCAGCCAAGCUGUUCACACCAAGCAAGCUGAGUUUUACAUCCUCCCAGGCAGGAGGUGCCAACAUGAACCUGUCAGACCUGCCUACCUUCACUCCCAGCACUUUCCCUCCAAGUGCCUUCAACUAUGAACGGCCAAGGCAUUUCAUUCAGUCCCAGCCAGCCUUUCAGGCGCCCAGCUAUGAGAGCGUACUGAGGGAGGCCGAGGAGAACCAGAAUCACCAGCACAGCCUCAACCUCACUCAGGACAGACAGAUUGCAGAGACACAGAGUCAAAUGAAAACUACACAAAUUCAGUCGGUGUCAAAGUCCGUCUCCCAGACUCAGUCCCAGUUUCAGUCUCUGAGCCUCAGUCAGAACCAAACCCAGUCAGCUGCCUACUGUCAGGUCCAGAACCAGGCCAAUGGUACAGGCAAGUCCUCCCCAUCCUCAUCCAGCCUCAGUUCUCCUACGUCCACUCCAGCAUCCUCUGCCGCCCCCCCUUUUUCCUCCGCCGCCCCCCCGCUCACUCCUCCUGCCCCCGCCUCCUCUUCCCCUGCCCCUGCCCCUGCCUCCACUUCAACUUUACCCCGCACCACCAUGCGCUCCACCAUCACCCUCACCCCCAGGGUCCCCAGUGCCACGGGCCUUGGCAGCGCCACUCUGCCAGCUAACCAGGACACCAUAUCAGCCUCUGCCGCUUACCUCUGCUCCGUGCUGCCCUCCCAGUCCUCCUUCUCACCAUUUACCUCUAAAUUAUCUCCAAACUCCCACCUGCCGCAGUCCUCCAUCUCCCCCUCCCGCUCCCCGCUUGCACCCUCAAGCCCCCUCCUUCCUACAAGAGCCUCCUCGUCUCCCUCUUCUCUUCCUCAACAGCCCAUGCCUGUUUCCCCUUCCCUCCCUCAUUUCCCUCUCUCUCCUUCCUCGUCCUCCUCCGUCCCACUAACCAACACUCCCAACUAUCAAAACAAGGUGCCACCUGCUGUGGUCUCUCUUCCCGCCAGCUACAAAGGGACUCCAAACACCCUUCCUAAACCCAUCUUAAAAAAGGCUGUAGUUGCGCCUCGGCCCUCCUCCUCUCGCUCCACAGAUGAAGACAUUCAGGGCUCUAAAGACGCCCUGAUUCAGGAUCUGGAGAAGAAGCUUCGCUCGAAAGAGGCCCGGAGGAGACACAGCCAGAAACUGUCCUAUGAGGAGCGAAUGGCUCGCAGGCUUUUGGGUCCAGACAACGCUACUUACAUGUUUGACCAAGACAAUCUUUCAGACUCACAACUCGAUCAGUGCAAGUCGUUUUCAAAGCUGAAAGCUGCAAUUCCCUCUCUUCACACUGAUCUGUUGUCUGUUACAGACAGAUUCACUGGAAGGGAGACACACAGGCGGACUGUGUUGGAUCAUAAACGGAUCACGUCUCUCUGCAGGGGGAGGCACCACUCGGGGGCAGACGAGAAGAGCAGCGAGGGCCCGGCUAUCCAGGAGAAAUGUUACGCUCCUCGCUUCCUGCAGAUCCCCCCAGACCUCACCGUGGAGGAGGGGCGCUUCUGCAGGAUUGACUUUAAGGUCGGAGGUCUCCCGACUCCAGAUGUCUGCUGGUACCUGGACGGCAAAGCCAUUCGUCCGGACGACUACCAUAAAAUGUUGGUGUGCGAGAAGGGGUUGCACUCAUUCAUCAUCGAAAUCGUCACCGUGCACCACGCCGGCGUGUACGAGUGCGUGGCCCGCAACCGAGCAGGGGAAAGCAGGUUCACCAUGAAGCUCGAUGUGCUAGCUCAGGAAGCACUCCGCCCACCCACCUUUGUCCAGAAGAUGCUGAACACCCGAGCCCUCGAAGGGGACACCGUUAGGUUAGAAUGUAAAGUGGAUGCUUCCCCUCCCCCACAGCUUUUCUGGAAGAAAGAUAAAGACAUGCUGCGCAUUGACCCAAACAGAAUGAGCCUGUACCAGGAUGGCUCUGGCCGCCAGUGCUUGCUGUUAGAGAGAGUGAUGAAGUCCGACGCCGGCUGGUACACACUCUCUGCCAUUAAUGAAGCUGGCAUGUCCACGUGCAACGCCAGGCUGGAUGUAGGCACUCGCACAACCCCGGCCAUGAAAACGGCCCCCCCUGGGUCGAAAACGCUGAAGCUGCUGUCCUCACUGAGCCACGUUCCUGCUCUGACCGUGGAGAGCCCUGCCCAGCACACCGCCCCGCUGUAUGAGAGCGAGGAGCUGUAGAGUUACACAUGCCGCCCUCCCCAGCACAUACCUGCAAAGCGGGCCAGAGCCUCUGUUAACCGUUGCGUCCGGGCAGAAGCGUAGCAGCAGAUGAGUUAACAAACCAAACUGUGUUCUAAUCUAAUCGGUUGCACCGCAACAGAUCAGUUUUAGCUAAUUGUAAACCACAAUUUAUUACAGGUUUGUUUUUUUCUCCAUUAUUUAACUAGUUAAAGGUGUUUUGCUGUAAAUGUAACAUGUCCAGCCUCUAAGAGCAUCUGUUUCGGGCUCAUCUGCUGCUGCUCAUCUCUGUGCCCACCCUGUUUCUUGUUGUCUGUUUGCCGAGCCUGUACGUCUGUGAUGGGUUUCUGAAUGCUACUUCUGGGUCAUAGACAAUGCUUUCAUAGGCCGGGAUGGGGGUGGGGGGGGAGUAAGAGGCAGUGGCGUCCGGUGGCAAACCACGGUACUGCACUGUGAACAGGAGAUGAAUACAACAGCCGCCUCUUCACGUGGUUAGCACAGCUGAUUUCACCAUGGAGGUGUUUCACAGCUCAGGAGGAGGACUAACGUCCUCGGGGUAUCGAUCCUGUCUGGCAGCCGCUUCCGCCCGGAAACCCGCUGCACUUUGAUCCCAACAACUUGCGUUCCACCGGCCUCUGAUGCUAUGUCGCUGUACCUCUGUGUUGAUUAGCGUCCCCAGAGCACAGCUGCCGCCACCGCUGGAAAGGGAGUUUUCUGCCUUGGAUGCGUUUAAAAAGUUGCUCUCUAAUACAGGCAGUAUUGUAUGCGACGAAACUUCCCGUUUCAGGGGUAAAUAAAUAGAGGAGGCUCAGACCUGCUGAAGUUUACACUGUCACAUCUGCAGAGCAGAGAGGACUUCAGCCAUCGUCUCACAGUACCUGUUUGGAUCAGACCUUUUCACUUUGACUUAUUAGUCUGGUAGCCUGCACCGUCCACUCUUUACCUAAACUAAACAAAGGAAUACUUUUCACUGGGUGUGCAUGCACGUUAACCCCUGGCUUAGCUUACAUGCUCUGCAUCUGGUUAGUAUGGAAACUCUAAAAGAUAAACUCUGCAUUUUGUGGUUGUUGAAAAUGAGAGCGAUACCGUGAGGUUUGCUAAAAGCACAAACUAAAAUGAAAAUUCUGUUCAGACAGCAGGUCGGGGUGUGUACUCGCCUCAUGUACUGUUUGUUGUGUAAGAAAUUAUAUAUAUUUCAAAUGAAUGAGAAAUAAAGUCUAUGAAACC